UACCAAUACACAAAUGACACCUAUCCAGUCAUUGUGUUCAUCCAUGGAGGAGAUUUUCAAUCUGGUGGAGGAAGUGAUUAUCCUCAGCAAGCGAUUCUUGAUAACUUUGUGUCCCGCAAGAUUAUCUUCGUUACAUUUAACUAUCGACUUGGUCCACUAGGUUUUCUCUCUACUGGUGAUAAAAUUCUCCCUGGAAAUAUAGGAUUAUGGGAUCAGAUAUGGGCAUUAAAAUGGGUCAAAGCCAACGCUGAAGUUUUCGGAGGCGAUCCCGGAAACAUUCUGCUGAUGGGGUCAGGGAGCGGAGCAGCAUGCGCUUCGAUUCUCGCAUUGUCACCGAGAACAGAGGGGUUGUUUCACAAAAUUCUUUUGAUGUCUGGCUCAGCCUUACAACCGGGAGUGGUACGAGAUACAGCUAUCAACGCUACAUGGGCACUCAACGAGAAAAUGCAGUGCAGAAUGAGGGAAGAAAUCCUCGAUUAUAAGCGUUUGCACUGGGAUGAUUACCAAGAGUUUGUCCCAGUUAUUGAUGGGCCUGGCGGUGUUAUCCCCGAUGCACCUGAAGAUCUUGCAAAGCACCGCAAGAAAAUCCCCAUGAUGAUAGGAACUACACGUGACGAAAGCUCACUUCGCAUUCGUAAGACUAUUUCCCUCCAUUUGUUGUGGUCGUAUCUUCAUAGUACGCAAACUCACAUGAAUAUUACAGUGAUUUUAAACGAGAAGAAUGUGAACUUCAGUGCCCUGAACACCCCUUUAGCGGAGAAACUUGCGGAUAAUUUGACAAUGGGUUAUAAGCAAUUUCAAAAUCAUCGUUUAAUAGCUGAAGGGUGUAAAGCUCAGUAUGUUUGGACAAAAGUUGAUCCAUCCAUGUCUAUCAACAUAUUGUUUGACUCAGUGCUAAAGAUGUACUCACACUUUUGGUAUGAUGCACCGGCUUCGCGAUUGGCAACAUACUAUGCUAAGCAAAAGGUGCCCGUAUUCCUUUACUCAUUCGACCAUAUCAGCGAGAACUUUCAGGAUUACGACCGUGCAUUUCAUGGAGCAGACAAACUCCAUCUAUUCAAUAUUACUCCUCGUUUCCUCAGUAGAAGGAAGGACAGAAACUGGCAAUUAGAUCAAAGAGUUGUAGAAAUAUUUGCCGACCUAAUAGUUGGAUACCGAUGGCAGGGUCACGUAUUUUGGAACUGGUAUGCGAGAUCACUAGAUGCUGUUGAUGUAGGGAAUCUGCAACGAAUAGCUCAACUCGAUAGAGACGUAGGAAAUUGGCAGGUGAUGAAUUUUUCGGUAGAGUUUUUCACUUAAAA